AUGAAACAAUUCAGAUUAGGGUGGGAUGCUCUGCACGCACAGUUUGCAAAAAGUCCAUCUCUGCAAGCUAAUUUUGUCCCCGUCAAACCCAAAUCCCGUACACAGGCCGUCAAUGACUUUGAGAUUUCAACGACCGCCAUCUCCUCUACCAGAACAGAUGCUUUCCACUAUCCAGAUAUAUGGACGAUCUCUCAGUUGCUAGAGGAAACUGGAACUGAAACUGAGAGGCAUGAGAGAGAGAUUGGCGCUAAAGAUGGAAUAUUUUCACAGGUUAAGCUCUCUGGUUCCAUCAGCAGUCAAUACUUGAGUUCCUUACCGAUGGCUGCUCCUUUGGCUCUUGGGGAUGUCGAGAUUGAAAUUAUUGAUAAACUGAUCUCCGUUCCUUACAUUGAAAUGACAUUGAAACUGAUGGAGCGUUUUGGCAUGACUGCGGAGCAUUCUGAUAGUUGGGGGGACAUAUUUUACAUUAAGGGAGGACAAAAAUACAGGUCCCCUGGAAAUGCCUAUGUUGAAGGUGAUGCCUCAAGUGCGAGCUAUUUCUUGGCUGGUGCUGCCAUCACCGGAGGGACUGUGACUGUUGAAGGUUGCGGCACCACCAGUUUGCAGGGUGAUGUGAAAUUCGCUGAGGUACUUGAAAUGAUGGGAGCUAAGGUUACAUGGACUGACACUAGUGUAUCUGUUACUGGCCCACCGCGUCAGCCCUUUGGAAGGAAACACUUAAAGGCUGUCGAUGUCAACAUGAACAAAAUGCCUGACGUGGCCAUGAUUCUUGCUGUUGUUGCCCUCUUUGCUGAUGGUCCAACUGCUAUCAGAGAUGUUGCCUCCUGGAGAGUGAAGGAAACUGAAAGAAUGGUCGCGAUCCGGACCGAGCUGACGAAGCUGGGAGCAACGGUGGAGGAAGGCCCGGACUACUGCAUCAUUACGCCACCGGAGAAGCUGAACGUCACGGCCAUCGACACCUACGACGACCACCGGAUGGCGAUGGCCUUCUCCCUGGCGGCCUGUGCCGAGGUACCAGUCACCAUCAGGGACCCCGGGUGCACCCGCAAGACGUUCCCCAACUACUUUGAUGUGCUAAGCACCUUCCUGGGAGCAACGGUGGAGGAAGGCCCGGACUACUGCAUCAUCACGCCGCCGGAGAAACUGAAUGUCAUGGCGAUCGACACCUAUGACGACCACCGGAUGGCGAUGGCCUUCUCCCUGGCGGCCUGCACCGAGGUGCCAGUCACCAUCAGGGACCCCGGGUGCACCCGAAAGACCUUCCCCAACUACUUUGAUGUGCUAAGCACCUUCAUGAAGAACUAG